AGGUAAGAUUCAUCAUUUAAACCACAACGCCCUUUAGUUUGUGCUUAAACCUUGGUAGUUUUUUACCUGAGCGAACAGUAGCUUCAAAGUUUUCUCUCUGUCAAUUCACCAAUUGAAUUGAAAUGAUUUGUUUUCUAGUAAAUUUUAUAUUUUUCUCAAACUUUUACAUAAUCCAAGUAUCUAGUGAGUCUCUUCAUGAUCUUCCUUGGUCAGUUGAUAAAGGAAAUUGGAUAAUAGUUGCAAAGUUAAUCUCGUCAAAUGAUGAAGUUUACGAUAUUCGAGAGUACGUUCACUCAAAUGAAAUUGUUCGUGGUAGAAUUACAAUAUCAUCAGGAGAUGAUAAGUUGGAUAUUUUUUAUUCCAGUGAAUUUGAAAACGAUAGAUUAGUUAUUCAUGACCAACAAUGUAAUAUAUUUACUUUCAAAAACAAAUGGAAUUAUAAUUUAUUCAACAUCGAUUCGAAAAAACCUCUUCUUAAUCAUCUACUGAUGACGGGACCUUCGAUUCUGUUCAGGAUCAAUGGAAAGAGAUUUAAUUGGAGACAAGGAGGAGAUACGAGUAUAAGAGGAUUCCCAGUCCAUUCUGCAAAUACAGCUUUCGAUAAAAAUCUUGAUAUUGUUUACUAUUACAAAGCACAUUUAGAUUCUCCCGGAAUAUUACAAGCGAGUCGAUUACAGUUCGAGGGUAUGGACUCAUCUCUUCAGCUUGUAACUUUCAGGGAAAAUGUUAACUUGGAUAUUUAUUCAAUUACUAAAACACAGGAAGAGCUUGAUAAAGUUGUUACGGUUACACCAGGAAUCGGUUGUCCUUUGCACCUCAUAACAUCAAAAUCUCAUGAUUGGUGUGAACCGCCACGAUUCUCAAAAUCCAGUUAUCAUUUCGUUGCAAGAACUACUGUUGAUGGCCCAAAAAUAUCAAUGACUCUAAGUGAGGUAAAAUAAAAUUUUUGAUACUUUUUCAAGAAUUCACUAAAAAAGAGUGUUACGGUUUGCACGAUUCAAAGCGUAAUUAUGUAUAUUUUUCUUAUAAAGUGAAAAAUUCUAUUUCUUAGAUGUUCGUUAACAGUGAAGAUCUAACCACAAGUUUGAAAACAAUAGAACAAGGGAUUGUAACAGAAUCUCUGUACGAUUAUA